AUGAUUGAUUCCGACAUCCGAGAAGGCAACAACACCAGCAAUUUUGCCUUAGACGGAUCGGUUGAUCCUACACAAUUAAAUGAGAACGAAGAUAUUUUCGUCGUCGAGAAGAUCAUUUCGCACAAGAGAAAGAGAGACGGAACUUUACGAUACUUGAUCAAGUGGGAAGGUUUUGGUCCUGAACAAAACAGUUGGGAAGACGCAAACGACGUGCAGCUUUCUUUAAUCCUUAGCCUAAAUCCUUUUUAUGCUACAGAAUUGGUUGAAAAUUAUUGGGAAAGUCGUCAGAAGAAACGCAGAAAUUCGAAGAAGUUUGCGAACGACGGCGAAGAUCAAGGCAUCGCGAUUUCUGCAGGAAACAUCGGCGACUUUGGCGUUGACAACAAUACCACUGAUUCACCUCGAAAUGAAAUCAACGUGCCUCAAUGGACUCGUGAUAUUAAUAAGCCUCACCAAGAUUCCCUGACGGUUAAAUCCCAGCUCGGUGAUCGACAAAUUUCCCCGGUUGAAACCGAGGAUUGGGAAACCAAGGCUACAAUCGGAAAUGUUUUUGUCGAUGACGACACCGGUGAACUAGUGAUUUGGAUAAAUUGGAACGACGGCACAAAUAGUUACCAUGGGGCCAACGAAGUGCAUAAGAGAUGCCCUUGCAAGGUUGAGGUUUUUUCGCAGAGCCUCACUUAUCCCCUAGCCUCACUUACCCCCUCCUCCCCUCAUCCUCCAACGGCGCUCGCCUGCUGUCAAAGGAUGACUCAGCUAAACGCUCCUUCCAGACCGCCAUUCCCUCCUAGAAUAGUGGCACGGGAUCUCGCUAAUACUAUGAAAGUCCGUAAAUGUUGCACAGCUUUCCUUGCCUAUCGCCUUUCUUGUAGUCGGAUGAUAAACGCACAAAGUCCGACCCUUUCUCACACGGCGGUAUCUACCAUCGCAAGUUUUCAUUGGUCGCGAGAGACGAGACGUGUCAAAGAAGCUUAUAAACUUAUUGCGAUCGAAGCUUCCGAUAUUAUUAGGAAUGAGCGCGGUUAA